AUCCAUUUUUUGCGUGUAUGCGCUUCCAACGAUUAUUCGCCGUCCUAUUACUACCCCUUGUGGCAGUUUUCGCCGAGGAGAAAGCUUCUGUCGGUAGCACCCAGGACCUCGCCGCUGAGUACGAAGACCAUGCCGAGAAGCAUGAGUUCCAAGCUGAAGUGAGCAGGUUGAUGGACAUCAUCAUAAAUUCUCUUUACACCCAUAAAGAGGUUUUCCUCCGCGAGCUCAUCUCCAACGCCAACGAUGCUCUCGAGAAGGCGAGGUACAACAGUCUUCAAGACCCCGAUUAUUUGAAGGAGAAACCCGAGUUGGAUAUCAAGAUCGACUACGAUGAGAACGCCAACACGUUGACUAUCACCGAUUCGGGUGUUGGUAUGACUAAGGCCGACCUCAUUAACAAUCUCGGUACUGUUGCCAAGUCCGGUACCAGCAACUUCCUCGAGGCCAUGGCCGAGGGUGGUUCGGACGCCAAUCUGAUUGGGCAAUUCGGUGUUGGUUUUUACUCGGCUUUCCUUGUCGCGGAUAAGGUUUCUGUCGCGUCUAAGAAUAACGACGACCCCGAGCAGCACAUCUGGGAGUCUAGUGCAGACGCUAGUUUUUCUGUGGGCCCUGAUCCACGUGGUGACACUCUAGGCCGUGGAACUGAGAUUACGCUUCACCUCAAGGAAGAUGCCCACGAGUAUCUCGAGGAGAGCCGCCUGAAGGACCUUGCCACGAAGUACUCCCAGUUCGUUCCUUACUCCAUCUCGUUGAAGACCAAAAAGGAGGUUGAAGCCGAUCUCGAUGAGGACGAGGAAGAGUCUGAUGAAUCCCAGAAGGAGGACUCUGACGUCGAGGUUAAGGAGGAAGAUGAGAGCGAGGAAGAGGAUAAGGAGAAGGAAAAGACUAGGAAGAAGCAGACUGUGUACGACUACGAGCAGGUUAAUACUCAGAAGGCGCUCUGGCUGAGAAACAAGGAGGAUAUUACGGACGAAGACUAUGAGCAGUUCUAUAUGGCGAUCGCUAAGGACCAUGCGGGGCCACUGGCCUAUACGCACUUUAGUGCUGAAGGAGAGAUCGAAUUCAAGGCUAUUCUAUUUGUUCCUAAGAGGACUCCUUACAACUUCAUGCAGAACUACUGGGAGAAGAAGUCUGAGAUCAAGCUAUACGUGCGCCGUGUUUUGGUUGCUGAUAAGUUCGACGAACUUCUUCCUCGUUACCUCAAUUUCAUCACAGGUGUUGUUGAUUCUGAUGAUCUUCCUCUCAACGUGUCGCGUGAGCAGCUCCAACAGAACAAGAUUUUAAAGGUCAUCUCGAAGAAGCUAGUACGGAAGGUUUUGGAGAUGAUCAAGAAGUUGGCUAUGGCUAAGGUUGACGAGGCCGCUGAGACGGAGGAGAAAGAUAAAUCUUCGAAGGACAAGGAGACCGACUGGGGUGAGGCAAGCAGUAAGCGAGCAUGCCAGUCAGGUGUGAUUCACUUAGAUAAGUUCUAUUCGUCAUUCGCGGAUAACCUCAAGCUGGGCUGCUUCGAAGAUGACGCUAACCGAUCGAAGAUUGCGAAGUUGUUGCGUUUCAGGACGACCAAAAGUGGCGAUAAGUCCAUCUCCCUGGACAAGUAUAUUGAAAAUAUGGACGAGAACCAGGACUCGAUCUAUUACAUGAGUGGCGAUUCUAUCGACGUUAUGGUGAAGAAUCCCUCGCUGCAGAUCUUCAACAAAAAGGGUAUCGAAGUGCUGCUCCUCGACAACCAUUUGGAUGAGCCUUGCAUGCAGCGUCUCACUGAUUACGAUGGCAAGAAGCUUGUUUCGAUUCAGAAGGCUGAUGUGAAGCUCGAGGAAACCGAGGACGACAAGAAGCGUUUCUCAAAACUCCAGAAGAUGUACAAGCCGUUGACGAAGUGGUAUAAGGACAUCUUAACGAAGGCCUCUGAGAAGGACCCUCAAGCCAACUAUAACUACGGUGUGGAGAGUGUCAAAAUCUCCAAGCGUCUUGUUGAUGCUCCCUGUGUUGUCGUCUCGGAUCAGUUCGGGUACACGCCUCAGCAGGAGAGGGUGGUGAGAGCUCAGUCUUUCCAGGAUAAGACCCAACUUAAUAUGAUGAUCGGUCGUCGUACAUUAGAACUCAAUCCGGAUCAUCCGGUUAUCAAGGACCUCCUCGUGAAGGUUAACGAGGACAAGGCGGAUACAAACGCUGAAGACACUGCUGUUGUACUUUUCCAAGCGGCAAUGCUCGACUCUGGAUACGAGAUUCUCGAUCCUCAUACGCUCGUGAAGAAGGUGUACUCUCUCAUGAGUCAGUCGCUCGGCGUUGAUCCCAACACCCCUGUGGCCGAAGUGGAAGUACCCGAGGAUGAAGAGGAGGUCGAGGAGCCGCCAGCUGAGGAGGAAAGUGACGACUCUACAACUAUAGGAGAAGAGGAAGAACUCGAACCUGACAACGAAAUGUCGAAGGAGUCGGAGGAUGAAGAGUUGUAAGUUUGUGGAGAAUGAUAUGAGCGUGAUGUCACCCUUAUAAGUAAAGACCGUUUUGGGCAGGUGUAACUCUGUGCAUCAGGGU